CGCGCGGACGCGAUGAAUUAUGGGAUAUCUUCCGUCGGCGGCGCGGUGCCGCCAUGUCUCCUGAAGAUAAACGGCGGCUAGUCGUUUUCUCCGCUGUGGUCUUCUCGUUAUUCCUCCUUUUACUCGUUUUGAGCUACAUACCAGCUUAUUUGUACAUACUUUUUAUCUGUGUCGCGUCUUGUGUUGUUUAUUUUCACAAAGCGGAGGAGCUGCAGCUCUUCGAGAGACUAGGCCUCAAUCCUCGCCGUGGAUUGAGCGUCCCGCCGGCUCUUUUGCGCUGGUUACCGGGUAGGACUUUGAGCGGAGUCCCGGCCGCAGGCAAAAACAAGAUACGUAAAAGUGAUGCUAGAAAUUCCUUUGCGUCACCCAGCGAUAGACAUUUUGCAGGCUCGUUUUAUAGAAGAGAACACACGCUCAGUGACUCGGUGUUCAGCCCUCGGGAUUUACUCAUGGGAAGUUACCUCGCCAAGGCUGAAGAAAGCCCCUCCGCCGCCUUGAGGCCCGCUGGAGGCUCGGGGGCUUUCGUCCACCCCAGAGAUCACCUCCGGGAGAGACUCGCCCGACCUAAUCAUGCUGUGCACACCCCUAACAGGAGACUGUCAUUCGGGGACCCUGUGAGCGCUGCGAGUCGAUUCACCAUCACCCCCCACAGACAUUACACUCUUCAGCAGACGGGGACGUCUCCCAUCGGAGUGAUGCCACCCGCAAAAUGGGAUGGAUUCCAUAAGAAGAAUAUUCUCACUCAGCGCAAUUCGCCUACUGUUCACAGUCCGGUCACGGUGAAAAUCGCCAGACCAGACCCCACUCGAUCAUCAUUCUUCAAUCACCUGACCUCACCUGGAGCUGUCACAUCCCCAGGGAUUGGAGCACAGACAGACCCCUGCUCCAGAGAGGCUGUUCUGAGCGUGCUCCGAGAGAGCAGAAAGAGAGAGGUUGAUGAUGAGGAGAAGAGUGCUUCCUCUGGGCAGAAGAGCAAAAGAAGGCGACAUGACAGCAGUGAAAGUUCUCAGUCAGCAUUUGAGCCACUUCUUGCAAAUGGAGCUCCGUCUCAGCUUGUGCCAAAACCUGGCAGUAUGAAGAGAGGAAUGAACUCCUCUCUCAAUGAAGAGUCCAUCAUGAAGCGUUCUCGUACCUCCUCCAUCAGCUCCAUGAGUGGUGCUCCUGUUCCCAGUGGGGUCCCUGGAUCUGUCCGAAAUCCCAUUCGCAGUUCCUACAGUUCCUCACAGGGUUAUCCACAGAGAAGAGCAGCAUCCAGUCUCAGUCUUUCUCCUUUCACAAGCCCAGGAGGAUCUCGGUGUCAGACUCCAGAGAGAGCUGCUAAGAAAGCAAGGGAGGACGAUGCUACUUCACCAAAUUCCACAUCCUUUGUAAAAAUGGAUAAGGUGACAACUGAUCCUGCGCCUGCUACAACUAAACUUACUCCAAAAUCUGAGGCACCUGUUGCAACAUUAACAUCAGACUCUGGAGGCAGCAGUGGGAAACGCAAGCGCAAAAUCCAGCUGGUCACCACAAACAGAGGAGAUCACAUUUCUAUGCCACCACCUCCCGAACUAGGAUAUACGAUCACAGUAAAAGAUCUAGAUAUGGAGAAGAAAGCGGCACUCAGCCAGAUACAGAAAGUCCUAGAGGAACCUGAGCCAGAGAUCCUUCCUCCAGCAUCUGAACCCACCCCAGCUCCAGUUCCCUCUUUAACCCUGUUUUCCCAACCAACUCCAACCUCCUCAUUCGGGACUGCGCCUGCUGUGAGCGCUGCGCCCGCUCCGGUUUCUCUCUCCACACCUUUGCCUGUGUCCACACCAGCCACUACUACAACUCCUGCUCCAACUAUUGACCUCACCGUCACUGUUCCCAGCAUGGCCAGUACUGCACCCCUGACUUUCACCUCAGCCCCCUCCAUCACUACCACCCCAACUGCCCCAGCUACAAGCAUUUCAAACCCUCUGCUGGAGUCCUUGAAAAACAUGAAGAAUAAUUCUCCUUUCAAUGCUUCCACUAUGAUGAGUACUACUACUGCUGCAGCUCCAGCAGUGUCUGUGUACAGUCUUUCUACACCUGCAGUUUCCACGAACACUAGCGGUGGAUUUGUCAAAUCUGAGUCGGGCCUUGCCACUCUUCAGAACUCAUUCGCUGCCCCAUCCUCCAUAUCAACACCUGCCUCCAAGCCAGCCACCUCCAUGCCCUCUGCCUUCGCUCAGAUCUUGGCCCAACCGCUUCAAUCCUCACCAAGCACGCCAUCCCUGGGCGGAGGAGGCAGCCUUUUCAGUGUGAUCAAACCUGUGGCCACACCUGCAUCUGAGCCUCCUAAAUCUACAGUUGCUGCACCUACAACCACGGUUGCGUCAGUCAACAGCAUUAGCAACCCCCUGUUGUCUGGCUUUAAGCCCAUUUUGAGUGCAGCAAGCACCACCCCUGCUUCCACAGCUGAGGUCAAAAGCACCCAGCCCACCUUCAAGCCAUUAUUUGGCAGUACCACAGGAAGUGGCAUUACUUCCUUUGGGCAGACAUCCACACCGACGACAUCAACCCCUGCCGCUCCGACCGCACAGAACAGUGGGAUGUUGUUUGGUGGACUAACCAGCACUCAGCCGACAUUGGUGACUUCUGCUUCUGCCGCCCCGGUCACACAGACUCCCUCCCAAUCUCUGUUUGGAAGCUGGACUGCAACCACCACAUCCGCUCCUGCCACAAACGCCACGUUCCAGUUCGGAGCGCCAUUGACCACAACGGCCGCCCCUGUGUUAAACACCAACACAGCUAGUGCCGGUGGCACCACCUCUGCUUUUCAGUUCGGCGGAGCUAAACCUGCACCCACACAGCAGCCCCAAAGCGCGUUCGCAUUUGGCCAGCUGUCCACCAACCAGAACUCCACAUCUGCUCCGUUCGGUGGGUUCGGCAUGACCAGCAGUGCCGCCACUUCCUCGGCGGCAUCCACAACACAAACCACUUUCGGGAGCUCAACCUUCACUGCAUCUACAACCUUCCCAGGAUCCACACAGCAGGCGCCUGCUGCUUCAAAACCUUUCACAUUUGGGCCCAGUGGUGGAAGUGGCGGCGCAGCACCGUUUGCGUUUGGAGCCGCUGCCAGCACAGUAGCGCCUGCGUUUGGGACUAACAGUCAGCCUACGUUCGGUGCGGCAUCAUCUGGCUUCUCUUUUGGAAACACCACCACCCCUUCUGCGGCUCCCGUCUUUGGGGCCUCCACACAGACUGUGGCCUCUCUCCCUGGCCCCGCUCCCACGUUCAGCUUCGGAGGUGUGUCGACAGGCACUCAAAACACUGCUCCGAGUACUCCAGCGCCUCCUGCCUCUGGAGGAUUUAACUUUGCGGCCUCACUUUCGGCAACACCAUCAUUUGGAACCCCUGGGCCUGCAGUUCAGACACCAGGGUUUUCCUUUGGAGCCAACAACACGGAUAACAAGCCUGCUUUUGGAACAUCUACUCCUGCUUUUGGUCAGGCGCCUGCAGGAAUGCAGAUGCCGUUUGGCAGUCCUGGAACCCCAGGAUUCGGAGCAAUGGGCGCCUCCUCGUUUGGUGCUUCACCAGCUACCUUCUCUAUUGGAACGGGAUCCAAGUCCUCUGGGGCUCGACGAUUACAAGCCCGCAGGCAGCACCCGAGGAAGAAGUAACACGGCUGAUGUGAGUCCUGUCCCUUUCAUUAUUGUCAAAUGGACUCUGUUACUACUCCUCCGGCUGUCCCACCUGCCCCAGACACUGCUGCUACUGCUGCUGGUCCAAACACAGACCUCAUCUCUACAACCCUCCAGACUGCCAGGGCUGGUCCGCUGUGUAGGAUCAAGGCUCAGAGAGUGUAGAUUUUUAGAGUACCGGGCGACCCCAUCUCUGCUGUUGGGUGCGCCCACCGAGACUCAUCACAACCUCGCUAAUGGAGUCUGUAAAUGUCUGAUGAGGACGUCGGGUGUUCGGGAAGGAUAGCGAACAGGAGCGUAUUAUACUUGAAAGAAAAAGAGACUUUCAAAUCUGGACACUCAAUUUCAGUCCAGGCCUGUUGGAUGACACAGAAUCUUAUUUUUGACUUUAGUUUUUGGUUGAGAAAUCAGAUGCUCUUUAUUUUAAAUCCAGUGAAUAUAUAUAUAUACACAUUUGUUUUUUUGCAGUUAGCAUACAUUUGUCAUGCUUUUUCAUCAUGCUUAGCAGAUCCUUCGCAAUUUUAAAGCCUUCAAAGUGUGAAAAAAACCUCUUUUUUUGCCUGAGUGAGCUGCAUAAUAAACAAUUUAAUUUUACACCGAUUUUUCUGCACGUUCCUUUAAGAGAAGCAGUUUACACGCAUACGUCGAACUUCUGCCUGUUUAAAACCAAAGCUAAUGUUUCAUUGUGACGCUCCUCUGUCCGCCACACCAUUGGCUGUUUUACUACCUCUCCAUUUUAAACGUGCAUCUGUGUCCCAGCUGAAUUGCCUCAUUCGAAUUACUGUUAAUUAUACCCUUAAAGUCGGCACUUAUCGCAAGCGUGUAGGCAAAACCUCAUGUUCCUAUAUAUCUCUGUGUUACUCUCAUAACGGCCUCGUUUUAUUUCCGUUAAACACUUUCAUUGCUGUGUGCCUUAGUGUGUUUUGCUCAUGGUUGCUCAUAUUAUGGAUGUCGGAUUUAUACUCUGAGACACGGAUGCCUGUUUUUCAUAAUGUGUAAGAGCGUUUUAGAUGAUUUAAAAGAAUAUGAUCUCAAGUUAAGAGAUUUUGGUCCAACUUCAAACUCUGUAGAAGAGCAGCUUUGAGUGAAGGUGUGCGAAAUAACUUGUUUUGGAAAUAAACAUUUGACUGUGAUCAGGUGCAAAAAAUUCAAUUUAAAGUGCCCCUAAAGUGCGAGUUUCGGGAAUGUAGAGAAUGUGACGUUUGCGUUGCGGGAUGUUGGUUUAAAAACUAUUUUGCUCAUUUACCUUCAGAUCUGAUUUAACCUAGAGAGGCUUAAGGACUAUUUAUAUUGAACUUUUUUUACGUGCAUGUAUACCAUUACUGAAUCAUUCCUGGCUUUGUAUGAAUCCUAUGGUUUGUGCAUGCUUGUGAUGUUUUAAAAUACCAAUAUUGAUCGGCAUGUCUUCAGAACGUUCCUGAAUCAGAAACAUAUUCUCAGGUCUGUUAAGUGAAUGAGCUGUGUAAUAUGAUUUGAUGUUUUUAGUCAAUAUACAAUGUUGUAUAUUUACAAAACACUGGAUUUAAGUACGUCAAUGCACAAGUAUGGAAGCACAAAAUCACCAUUUUAGGGUUUUUGUAUUUUUGUUCACCCCGUAUAAUUCUUUGACCCAAAAAAUACACUUAAUUGGGUACGGCAAAAGUUUUUUUUUAAUGGUGCAGCGCCACCCUAGUCCCCCUUGCAUGCGACUCCUCAUGUAGGUCUUAACGACAUAAUUUGUAAUCACAUUUUUGAAGCAUCCUCAUGCCCAGACUGAUGCAAGGAGGCAUGGGACCAGGCUUUCUGUUUAUUAGAAAGCUGUACCAAUACAAGUGAGACGUGUAGACUGUUGAGAAAAUGAGGUGUGCGCUGGAUAUCUCCAGCUGUGAAUGUUUGAGAUUUGCGGUUGUAUCUAGUUGUUUGUUUUUAAGAUGUUGCUGUAAGUGAAUGCUCACAGUUUGUGUGUAAAUGACCCUUCCCACUAACCCUCAAAGCGCGAGUGGAUUGCUGGAUGAAGCGGCACAUGGAUUGUGUUGUGUCUGCUUAAAUGCUCUGAUAAUGAGAUGCUGGUUUUGAAUAAAAAUGGAUAAAAGUUGAUUUGCAGUGGA